GUAACUUAUCAAUCUAUCUUACUUUGUUGGUUGAAUUAGAAGAACGCAAGAGUUAUGGGUAGACCGAAGGAAGAACAUUACUGGAAUCAAGUUACAAAAGGAAACGCCGGAACGUGGAAGUGCAAGCGCUGCGGACGUCAGUUUAGUGGAGGUGCUUCUCGAAUUAAAGCUCAUGUGGAUCGAAUCCCAGGAAAAGGUAUAUCUGCAUGCUCUGCUUCACCUCAUGAUAAUCAUCCACAACCACAAGAAACUGCAAAUCCAAUGGAAGGGGCUGCUGAACAUGAAGAUCAUGAAAUGGUUGAUGCCAUUUCUGGAGGUUUAACGCAGCAUCCAGUUAAUGUCAUCAGUGAAUCCACCGACUACUUGCUGGAAGGGUUUGCAGUAGUGGCCCCAAGCAUCAAUGACGGUUUUGUAAGUGAUGAGAUUAAAAAGUUGAAUGAAUUGCUGCCUGAUCUAAUCCAUGAAGAAGACGCCAUUAAGGGAGAGUUAGAGUGGCUCCAGUCUGAGGGCAAGCAGAGGAAGAAACGAGUUGAUGAUUGGUUGAAUAAACUGCAACAAUUGAGAAACAGAGUUGUUGAUUGCUUGAAUCUUGUGAUGGGAGCAGGUCAUAAUUUUAAUGAAAACGUUGCACACUAUCUAAGACUUCAAAUACCGCAAUUAACCGAAGAAGUGAGCAAGCUUAAGAAGGAAAAGCCUGUGGUGUUGUCAAAUGAAUUUGUUGGUGAAGAUUUUGAGAGAAAUGUGGAGAAGAUGUGGGAGCAUGUUGGAGACGAGGAAGUCUUUAUGAUUGGGAUACAUGGAAUGGGAGGGGUGGGUAAAACAUGUCUUGCAACUCAUAUGGAAACUCAAAUCAUAAGGAAAGGAACCUUCAACCACGUCAUUUGGGUCACCGUGUCUCGUGAUUAUACCAUUUCAAAGCUUCAAGAAGACAUCGCUGAAGCAAUUGGUGUAAAGCUUGGUGGAAAUGAGAGAAUAAGAGUUGCACAUUUGUCAUCCGCAUUAUCAGAGAAAGGAAAAUGGGUGCUUAUUUUGGAUGAUGUUUGGAAAUUCAUUGAUCUGGAAAAGGUGGGAAUCCCUCGUUGUAGAAUCAAUGGCUCUAAGUUGAUUCUAACAAGUCGAUUGAAACAUGUUCUUCGACAGAUGGAUUGCCCCACAAGUAAUAUAAUAACAAUGUGUCCUCUCUCUGAGAGUGAAGGUUUGGAGUUAUUUCUUUUAAGACUUGGUGAAGAUCACAAAACACCUGCUACCUUACCUCCUAAGAUAUUGGAGAUUGCAUGGAAUAUUGCAUGGAAAUGCGAUAGUUUACCGCUUGCAAUCAGUGUAAUGGCUAGAACCAUGAAAGGCGUUGAUAGCAUUCAUCAGUGGAGACAUGCGUUGAAUAAACUUGAGAAAGGGGAGAUGGGGAGAGAGAUGGAAGAAGAGGUAUUUCAAGUAUUAAAACUGAGUUAUGAUAACCUGAUGGACACUCGCUUGCAAAAUAGUUUCUUGCAUUGUGCAUUAUACUCUGACUUCUGGAAUGAUGUUGAAAGGAUAAUGAAUCUGGUUGACAAUGGAACCAUAAAUGGAAGGAGGAGCUUGGAAGAAAUUUUUGAUGAAGACCUUACCAUAUUCAAUGAACUUCGAGACCAUUCAUUAUUGCUUCCCCUUGGGCAUAUGCAGAAUUCAGUGAGAAAUAUGGCAUGUCAUAUAUUGAAAGAAUCUCAGAGGUUGAUAGUUAGAUGUGGUAAAGAAUUGACAGGAAUACCUCACCUGCAGGAGUGGACUGCUGAUUUGGAGUUAGUUUCUUUGGAUGAAAAUCCGUUAAAAGAAAUCCCAGCGGGUGUAUCACCCAAGUGUCCAAUGUUAUCCACCUUGAUUCUGAGUAAUAAUUGCAUCAGUAGCAUCCCAGAAUGCUUCUUCACACACAUGAAAUCUCUAGCCAUACUUGACCUAUCUCAUAAUCACAGUUUAACCUCUCUGCCGGAUUCCCUGUCGGACUUGACUUGUCUUGUUUCUCUACUGCUUGAUGAAUGUUACGCUCUGGCAAAGGUGCCUCCAUUGGGAAGGCUUCAAAAAUUGUCAAGGUUGGUAAUUUCAGGCACUCAAGUUGAGGUAGUUUUAGGCUUGGAAAUGCUGACAAACUUGAGAUGGCUUGAUCUAUCUUUCAAUGGUAAGUUGAGGUUGGAAUCAGGGAGGGUGCUGCGUGGUCUGACCAAUUUGCAAUAUCUGAAUCUCUUCGUCGCUACUCUGUCAAAUGUGGAAAUAGAGGAUGUACAAGGGCUGACCACACUUGAAUAUUUUCUGGGCGGCUUUAAUGACAUCAAAAGCUAUAACAAUUUUGUGGCAGGUAUAUGCAACACAGGUUCUGCACCCAAAUCUUAUCUUCUCUAUUUCGGUAGUAUCCAUGACCCUGAUUAUAUUUUUGAAUCUUAUGAUCGUAUUGGUCCAAGUCUUGACCACCACCAAAUUGUACAUUUCUUUGAUUGCGAAGAAUCCCCUCUUUUGCUGCCAAAAGAUCUUACCAAAAUCUCUAUUGAUGAUUGUAAUCCGCGUUGGAAAAGUUUAUGUGAUGCUCUGUCAAAUAUUACUCCUUCUUCUUUGAAGAACAUUCAAAUUGCGACAUGCAUAGAAAUGAAGACCGUGCUUUGUUCAUUUGGUAAUUGUUCCGUUUGCAGUAAUCUCAACCACCUUCAAUCCUUGACACUUAUAUAUUUAGACAGCUUAACAGUCAUUUGUAAAGAAGAUGUUGGUGCUACUGAUACAACAACACAACAGCCUCUCAAACCAAAUGCCGUCUUCUCUCAACUCAGGCACUUGGAGAUCUGUAAGUGCCAUGAGAUAGAAACGUUGGUAACAGCAGGGUUAUUGCCCCAACUUCAAAACCUGCAGACAUUAAUUGUAGACUGUUGUAAAUCAUUGAGAGAAAUAUUUGCAGCGAGUAGCAGUGGUGCUGAUAGUGAUGAUGCUGCUUCCACCGUCAUUACACUCCCCAACUUAACCACACUCGAGUUGUCUGACUUGCCAAUGUUAGAGACUGUGUACAAAGGAAUUAUAAUCUCUGACUCAUUGCCGAAAUUGGAGACCGAAGACUGUCCCAAGUUAGAAAGUCGCUUUCCAUUUGAAGUCUCGUCAUCAUAGUUACAUGAUCUUACACAUUACUUUUUAUGAGUGUAAUUUCACACCUCUUCACCUUUUAAUUUCUAUCUUCACAGCUUUCAUGUCAUGAUUAUAUAUUCAUUUACAUACUACCAACUAAUUUAUUGCACGUUUAUUCUCUAACAAUAA